GCCGAGCCCCUCGCCAUGGCCCAGGGCUUCUGGCGGCUCUACAAGGCCAAAGUGCUGCAGACCCUGGGGGGGCCGCGCCCGGACGGGGCCCUGCAGGACGAGGGAGACCCCCCCGAGCUGAUGGAGACGGCCGAGCCCCCCGCGCUGGUGGAGGAGGGAGCCAGCCCCGUGUCCCAGCUGGCCCGGAAGGUGCAGGGGGUGGGUGCCCGCGGCUGGCGGACGCUUUCGUCCCUCUUCACCCGCGAGGACGAGCACCAGCUGCUCAGCCCGGAGCCCUGCCCAGACCACCCUCUGGCCACCGAGCCCUCCGAGAUGCCCCACACCGAGAAGGCACCUGGGUUUUGGGAUCUCUUUGCUACCAAGUGGCAGCAGGCGUCGGGGCCGGACAAGGGGGGGCCCCCCCCCGAGCCGGACGAGAGCCCGGGGGAGCCGCCGGGUGACGACGGCAGCGACCUGCGGGAGCCGGAGGAAGGGGCCUUCCACUGGGGCUUCCUGGCUGGCAAACUGGCCGAAAUCCGGAAUAAAAAUGCCCCCAAGGGCAAUUAG